ACACCCAAGGAAAAAAAGAAACCCAGAGAAAAAGAAAAAAGAAAAUUAAGACAUUCAGGUCCAAACCAGUUAAGCAACCCCACCCCAUUUUCUCUCCUCAAUGCUGUGACCUCUCUUGGACAACAUCUUAAGCAAACCCAUCAAAUUAACAUCUCCGUAGCCUCAACUAAAAAUAAUGGAGAAGAGCUGGCUUCUAGCUUUUCUCCUUCUCUUCCAGGUAUUGCCAAGCGGAGCAGCGAUUGGUGUUGGUGUUGGAGUGGGUGUGGGUGUGGGUGUGGGUGUUGGCAUAGGCAAUGCAGGUGGUGGCGGUGGAGGGGUAAGGAUUGGUGAGGGAAUCAACGAUCCACCACCAUCUGGGUCUUCAAUUUCAAAUCUCAACAGUGCUUACACUGCUCUACAAGCUUGGAAAUCAGCAAUCACGGAUGACCCAUUAAAGAUUUUGGACACUUGGGUUGGCACUGAUGUUUGUUCUUAUAAGGGAGUUUUUUGUGUAGUUCCUAGAGGUGAUGGAUUGGCUGCCCCCCCUGGUCCAGUUGUUGCAGGCAUAGAUCUCAACCAUGCAAAUCUCCAAGGGAAUCUUGUCAAAGAACUCUCUGUCCUCGCAGAUAUGUCUCUCCUUCACCUCAACAGCAACAGGUUUUCAGGCACAAUUCCUGAAACUUUCGAAGACCUCUCUUCUCUCCAGGAGUUAGACCUGAGUAACAACCAGUUUUCAGGUCCUUUCCCUUUUGUUACUUUGUACAUUCCAAAUCUCAUUUACUUAGACCUUAGGUUCAACAGCUUUGCAGGACCCAUUCCUGAAGAUGUUUUCAACAAGAGACUAGAUGCAAUUUUUCUCAACAAUAACCUAUUUUCUGGUCAAAUUCCUCAAAAUAUGGGCAACUCUCCUGCUUCUGUGAUAAACUUGGCUAAUAACAAAUUCACGGGAAGCAUUCCAGCUAGCUUUGGUGUGAUGAGUUCUAAAUUGAAGGAGAUUUUGUUUCUCAAUAAUCAGUUAACAGGCUGCAUUCCAGAGGGAGUUGGGCUCUUUACAGAGAUGGAAGUCUUGGAUGUAAGCUACAAUUCACUGAUGGGCCAUUUGCCAGACACAGUAUCUUGUCUCAGUGAGAUUGAAGUUCUCAAUUUGGCACAUAACAAGCUCUCUGGUGAACUGCCUGACCUGGUUUGUUCUCUGAGAAGCCUCCUGAAUUUGACUGUUGCUUAUAAUUUCUUUUCUGGGUUUAGUCCAGAAUGUACCAAGUUGUUCAUUAGGAAUGUGGGUUUUGAUUUCUCUUUGAACUGUAUUCCUGGAAGAGUUAUGCAAAGACCUCAACCAGAGUGUUCGGCUAUACCAGGACAAGGAUUGAGUUGUCUCAGAGUACCUCCUGCUACACAACCUGUUGUUUGUGGAUCACUCGGGGUAACAAUAGAUGCUAAUCUAGGCCCGUCAUAUCCGUGAAAGAGGGAGGCAGAGUGUUAGUGUUACCAAUAUUGUACAACAGGUUGGUGAUGGUUUCCUCAUUAAUUAAUAGCAAUUAUGAUUUACAACUA